AUGGAUCCGGGACGAAGAGCUAUGAUGGCGGGUCGCCCAUCUCGGGGAAGGGACAUCACAUCUCCACGUCGCGAUGAAACCAAUCGAAUCUCUAAACCACAAAUCCCGGCAGGUAACUCCGGUUCUAGACCUUAUCGCAACAACCAGAGUCUCGAAGACGAACAAUCAAAAAAAUGGGUAGCAGAAGAGGAUACUUUCGUUCUACAACAAGCAAAGAAGAAGGCAGAUAUUCGAGUUAGAGAAGGACGAGCAAAGCCCAUCGAUUGGUUGGCGGUUAUCCUUCGAGUGAUCGAUCCCGAUAGAGAUCUCCUUGACGUUGACGAAGAAGAGGUUCAGCUCGAUGUGGUAGAUCCGGAGGGUGUAUUCGAGGGGCUCAAAGAUGCGCAACUGGUAGAGCUGGAGACUGACAUUAAUUCUUACAUUGCUUUGGAGAAGAAUAAAAAGAACCAGGAUUAUUGGAAGACGAUGCAAAUUAUUUGCAAUGAUCGUCGCCAGAAACUGAAGCCUCUCGGUCCUGACGAACGCGCCAUAAGCUCCGUUGCUGCAGAUGUGGACAAACUACUGGGACCAAAAACAUAUGAGCAGCUGGAAAGUUUAGAAGGACAAAUUAGGUCAAAGCUCUGCUCGAACGAACCAAUAGACACAGAUUAUUGGGAACAGCUCCUGAAGAGCUUGUUGAUUUGGAAGGCGAAGGCCAAACUAAAGAAGGUGUAUCAAUCUGUGCUGGAUACUCGGCUUGACGCCUUACGAAAAGAGCAACAGGAGGACGCAGAAAGUGUCCAGAAGAAGUUGCAAGAACUCUUAUCUGGCCCUACUCCAGUGGUUGAAGAGGGAUCCGACGUACCAAAUUCGAUCGCCGCGCAAACACCUCGUCGUCAGCCUCACUUUGUCUACUCAGCGAAGCAUGACCCUGAACCGUUACUCAAACUACGGACUGAGGACAAAUCAAGCGAAAUCAUUGACGAAUCUGAAUUCCUCAAAAGGGUCGUGGCCGAGCGUCGCAAAGUCUUGAAAUUAGGUUAUGUACCUUCACGUCAACUUGGCCCAGAGAAGCCUAUCUCCAGCUCUGUCAGCAAACCCAGUACAUCUGUCAACAAUGCACCUCCGGGUACACAGCGCUUUUCCGCCGUAGUCAACGAAGAUUUCUCCCAAGCCACGAAAGCAUUGUACGAUAGAGAGGUCGCACGGGGUGUUAAUGAGAACGAGGAAAUUUUUGCAGCGGAGGAAAGCCUUACAAUGACUUCGGCACCUCAAUGGGCAGACCAAUACAGGCCAAGAAAACCGCGUUAUUUCAACCGAGUGCAAAUGGGCUACGAGUGGAAUAAGUACAACCAAACCCAUUACGAUCAUGACAAUCCCCCACCAAAAGUCGUCCAAGGUUACAAAUUCAACAUAUUUUAUCCUGAUCUCAUAGACAAAGCCAAGGCGCCAACAUUCCGAAUUAUUCGUGAAAAUGGCCGAAAGAGAGGAGAGUCAUUUGCAGCUGCUGGAGAGGAGGAUACAUGCCUGAUUCGCUUCAUAGCAGGACCGCCUUACGAAGAUAUUGCCUUUCGUAUAGUUGAUAAAGAAUGGGAUUAUUCUGCCAAAAGAGACCGUGGCUUUCGUAGUAGUUUUGAUAAGGGUAUACUUCAACUGCACUUUCAAUUCAAAAAGAUAUACUACCGAAAGUAA